GAUUUGGAGAAGAUGACGAUGGAAUGGGAAGAGAUGGUUUUCUUGACGAAUUCCACAGAGGCAGAUGAAGCUUCUCCAGCGCCGGAAGCUGAUGAUGGCGAUAUGUAUCCGAACAGAAAGGCAGCUACGAUCAUCGGAAUUACAAAACGAGAGUUUGUCAUUGCCGUACGGUUUUCGUCACCGAAUUUCCCAACGGUAGCCUUCUGCUGGAUCUGUGGGUUUCUCUUCAAGAUCAGAUCUGCGAAUCUACGACAGAAACUGAUUCUUACUCCUCGAAACAGAUCAGUGAUUUGUGCAUUCGAUUGA